CAAUGCACAUCACAUCUGGUCUAAACUCCCCAGCGCUUCUUAUACUAUUCUUCUAUGAGAAAUCCUAUACCAUUAAUUCCCCAAUCGACUCAAAAUCAUCCAACUCCAUCACACCUAUUCCUCAUUGGUUCAAAUCUCUGGUGCGUAAUUCAAAGCUAUCAGCCACACGCGGUACGAUUUCGUCCCCCACAUCGAGCUCUGAAGAAGGAGACUAGGAUUAAAUCCUAAAAUUAAUCCCGGAUUUUCCUGUACGAAGAAAUCUCCAAGUCUUAGCCACACCCAACCUGAUGGAAUAUCGUCUUGUCUCUACUCUUCCGUCGGCAGCGGUUCCCCAGCACUUCCCCUCACCACCGGCGCUCUAUACGCCCAAUGCACCUUACGUACACGUAAUGACUCAAUCGAUAUUAAAUUUCGGGGAACGUCAUUUAGAUGGGCACACGCAAUCAUUAUGUAUUCCUCGCACGGUGGACAUUCAGAGUGUCAGCGUGGGAAUAGGGAGGGGCUGGAAGGCGAUUCAGAACGACAUCAUUUCUGUCUCCGAAGCUCCGUCUUGGUGGCAUCAUGACAGCACAUCCGGCCAACUCCUGGGCAGUGACGCUCACAGCUUUUUUUCUCAAGUGCUGCGGGUUUUGGCCGGCGAAUUCAAAAUUUGGAAAGCAAGUCAUGGACGGGCUCGUCGUGUACACCAUUACUUCUGUCGUGGGGGCUCUUUUCUUCACACUCGUUGAUCUCUACAAGUGCUACGGGGACAUGGAUAAAUUUACCUAUUCUACUAUGAUUACCUUUACAGGAAUAUUUGGCACGUACAAAGUUAUAUCCUUUGCAUUCAAGCGUAAAUCAUUUCUAGAUCUAGUUUGUUAUGCAAAAAAACACUUCUGGAAUGUUGAAUAUCAAGACUACGGCGCUGAUGUGAUGAAGGAGUGCAUGAGGCGAUUGGCGGGAAUCGUGACGUUUGCUAUUUUCAUGUGUCAUCUGACAGUUGUCCUUCACUAUGUCAUCCCGCUACUAGAGAAUCGCGGGAAAAAUGAGAGCGACAGAGUCUUCCCCUUCCGAUUGUACUCUGAUUUACCGAUCACUCUGUCGCCCUGGUAUGAGAUCUUGUACGUCGGACAGAUAAUCACGACCUGGCCAUGUUGUUACUGUUACUUCUGCUUCGACAAUUUUUUAUGUCAACUGAAUAUCACGGCUGUCGGACAAUUUAUCAUAUUGCAGCAAGAAAUACGACAGAUCUGUGACAAUCCCAAGAGAUUGCACUCGUCGUAUGAGGACAACGUUCGAUCACGCUUUGUUCGGUGCGUUCGGAGGCACCAGCAGUUGAUAGACUUUGUAGAAGACGUCAAAGAGAUUUACCGGAGUGUCAUCCUCGGAGUAGUAAUUCUCCUCAGCUUUCUAAUUUGCCUGGAGAUGUUUCAGCUCAUGACCUCAACUACCAGCACCAAAAUUACAACAUUCCACUAUUGUGUCUACGUCGGAGGAAGCAUAACCCAGUUAUACUUUUAUACAAUGACGUGUGACAACUUGACUGGCGCAAGUCUUGGAGUAUCCAACGCGGCAUACGACGUACAGUGGUUUUCCCUGGAGCCAGAGGCUGUGAAAAAUCAACUCGUGAAGGAUCUUUCGAUGGUUAUCAUGCGAUCGCAGAGGGCCUGCUCCUUGACGAUCGGUGGCUUUGCACCGGUCACAUUGCAGACAUUCACAUCGAUUUGCCACACAGCAUUUUCAUUUUUAGCCCUCAUCAGACAGACCCUCGAGAAAGAUGGUUCAUAACAACGUUAUAAUGUAAACAAGUCUCAUAGAAUGACAAUAGAGUAUUUUUUGUCAAAUAUAUAAUGGAAGUAAUGUUACUCUCAUGGUAGUUCUGGAACUACAAGUAAGAUUUUCCCACCAAAAAUUUUAUACGACGUGUUUUCCCUCUUUGCAAAAGGCCGGAAAAAUGAUUUCCCCAUUUUUCAUUCGACUUUGUGUUAAAACCGCACAUGUUGAACCUCCGAAGUCUCUACUUUUAAAUCCGACAGCAUCAGAGCCUCCAGUUAACCACCCCCUCACCCCAAACUUAUAUUCCAUGACAGCUUUUCACUCAUCACGUAUCACGCAACGGUACUUCAUUACCCAAUCGAUAUGAAAUUUCGAAGAAGGCAAUUUAAACGCCUCACAUGCGAUCAUUAUCUAUUCACUAUAUCAACGAGGGUAAAAGUAUGAAUGUGAGCAGAGACCAAGUGGAAAAUUAUACGUGAUAUCUCAUCUAUUUCUACAUUU